GAGUCGUGGACAUGUCUCUCUGACUGAAAAAGACAAGGAUUUUUGGGAUUGGAGUUGGCAGGAAUUGGCUCUGUAUGAUCUGGAAGGAAUGGCUCGUUAUAUUUAUAACAUCACCAAUUCAAAAAUAUUUAUUGUUGGUCAUUCACAGGGAACAAUAAUGUCUCUGGCUGCUUUUACUCAACCACAUAUAGUAUCAAUGGUUGAAGCUGCUGCGCUUCUUUCUCCUAUCUCAUUUUUGGAUCAUAUAAGUGCUUCUUUUGUCUUAAGAUUAGUGAAAAUGCAUAUUGAUGAGGUGUUACUUGUGAUGGGCAUUCAUGAACUUAAUUUCAAAAGUGACUGGGGCACCCAUAUGCUGGAUAUGGUAUGCGAUGAAUAUGCGAAUUGCAGUGACUUGCUUACUCCGAUUACAGGAAAGAACUGUUGCUUCAACAUCUCCCGGAUUGAUUUCUAUCUCAAAUACGAACCUGAACCUACAUCCUCAAAGAAUCUGAAUCAUCUUUUUCAAAUGAUCCGUGAAGGUACUUUCAGAAUGUAUGAUUAUGGAAUCUUGAAGAACCUGAUACGCUAUGGACGGUUGCAGCCUCCAGCAUUUGAUGUUAGCAGCAUUCCGAAUUCUUUACCAUUGUGGAUGGCUUAUGGGGGUAACGAUGCAUUAGCUGACGUUACUGAUGUGCAGCACACACUGAAGGAACUAAAAAGCCAGCCAGAGGUGCUUUUUCUUGAGGAAUACGGUCACAUAGACUUCCUCCUGAGUGUAAGAUCAAAGGAAGACUUGUAUGAUGACAUGAUUAGGUUCUUGAAGUCAUUCAGAAAAUUUGGUAGUUACUAAGGCCCUGUUUGGGUUCCGGUGCUUUUGAUAAGAAAAAAGCACUUUUAGGUGUUAAAAAGUACUUUUAAAAUGUUUGGUGAAUAUCAUCCCAUAAAAUUAGGAGUAGAAUUUUUGGUGUUAAAAGCACUUUAA